AUGGAGAGCACGAGUGAGGAGAAGCUGACAUCUGUGUCCAACUUGGUGACUGUAUUUGAGAACAGCAGGACCCCAGGAGCAGUGCCCAGAGCCCACAGCCUAGAACAUGCACAUCACCGCCCUGGGUGCAGGCCUCCCCUCCCUCCAGGUCUACAGGAGAAGGCCAACAUUGAGGAGGCCCUGGGGUCUGGGCCCAGGACCAUCAGCAGGAGGUACCUGAGCUCCCUGAAGAACAAGCUGUCCAGCGGGGCCUGGAGGAAAUCUUGCCAGCCUGGGACCUGCCCUGGGCCAGGGAUGCAGGUGUUCUUCCAGGAGCUGCUGAGGGAGGCCCGCAGCAGCAAGGCCUUCCCUGAGGACGUGGUCAGGCUCAUCUUCUCCAAUAUCUCCUCCAUCUACCAGUUUCAUGCGCAAUUCUUCCUCCCAGAGCUGCAGCAGCGCCUGGAUGACUGGACAGCCACCCCCUGUAUCGGUGAUGUGAUCCAGAAACUGGCGCCAUUCCUGAAGAUGUACAGUGAGUAUGUCAAGAACUUCGAGCGGGCUGCCGAGCUGCUGGCCACCUGGACUGACAAGUCCCCACCCUUCCAGGAGGUUAUCACUCGCAUCCAGAGCAGCGAUGCUUCGGGCAGCCUGACCCUGCAGCACCACAUGCUGGAACCAGUGCAAAGAAUUCCACGCUAUGAGCUGCUGCUCAAGGAGUACGUCCAGAAGCUGCCAGCCCAGGCCCCAGACCGGGCGGAUGCCCAGAAAGCCCUCGACAUGAUCUUCUCGGCAGCUCAGCACUCCAACGCAGCCAUCUCUGAAAUGGAGCGGCUGCAGGAACUGUGGGAGGUGUACCAGCGCCUGGGCCUCGAGGACGACAUAGUGGACCCCUCCAACACCCUGCUCCGCGAGGGCCCAGUCCUCAAGAUCUCCUUCCGCCGCAGCGACCCCAUGGAGCGCUACCUUUUCUUGUUCAACAACAUGCUGCUGUACUGUGUGCCCCGGGUCAUCCAGGUGGGCGCCCACUUCCAGGUGAGGACCCGCAUCGACGUGGCCGGGAUGAAGGUGCGGGAGCUGACUGAUGCCGAGUUCCCCCACUCCUUCCUGGUGUCCGGGAAGCAACGCACCCUAGAGCUGCAAGCCCGGUCCCGGGAGGAAAUGAUUUCCUGGAUACAGGCCUGCCAAGCAGCCAUUGACCAAAUUGAGAAGCGGAAUGAGACAUUCAAGGCUGCAGUCCAGGGACCUGAGGGAGACACCCACGAGCAGAAGCUGCAGUCUGAGGAGUUAGGCCUCCGGGCGCCGCAGUGGGUCCGGGACAAGAUGGUGACCAUGUGCAUGCGCUGCCGGGAGCCCUUCAACGCCCUGACACGCCGUCGCCACCACUGCCGGGCCUGUGGCUACGUGGUGUGUGCCAGGUGCUCUGACUACCGGGCUGAGCUGAAAUAUGACCACAACAGGCCCAACCGAGUCUGCUUUGACUGCUACACGUUCCUCACCGGAAACGUGCUCCCCGAGGACAAGGAGGACAAGAGGCGGGGCAUCCUGGAGAAAGGAUCCUUGGCAGGGUCCGACCAGAGCCUGAUGUGCAGCUUCCUGCAGCUCGUUGGGGACAAGUGGGGCAAGAGUGGCCCCCGGGGCUGGUGUGUGAUCCCCCAGGAUGACCCCCUCGUGCUCUACGUCUACGCUGCCCCUCAGGACAUGCGGGCUCACACCUCCAUCCCCCUGCUGGGCUACCAAGUGACUGCUGUGACCCAGGGGGACACCCGGCUCUUCCAGCUGCAGCAGUCAGGCCAGGUCUACACCUUCAAGGCCGAGACCGAGGAGCUGAGCAGCCGCUGGGUGAAGGCCAUGGAGCGGGCAGCCAGCGGCUGGAGCCCUGGGGAGCCUAAUAACAGGGACCAGUCCAACUGACCCACAGCCAGCCACUCCCUGCCCACUAUGCCACAGUCAGAGCCCCGCUCUGGCCAUGGGCCAACCCACCAUCCCAAGCUGUGCUUUCACACAAUUGAUGCCAGUCAUCUGUGCCCAGACCAUGUGUCCUGAUUUGGGAUGCAGAAAAUAUGGGUCCAUUCCUUUGGGAAAGGGACAACCAAAUGUCCCAGUUUGUCUGGGACAGAGGGAUUCGUAGACCACAGAACUUUCAGUGCUAAAACUGGGGAAAUUCCAGGUAACCCAGGACUGUUGGUCACCCUAGUGUGGUUGCUCAUUAGUGUCACCUGGGCAGCUUUAAAAACAUACUGGUGAAAAAAAGUA